CUGCAGAAGCCAGCCAGUCAGGCAGACAGACAGAGGGAGGCUCACCCCAGAAUCAAAAUCAGAACCACACUCGGCUACCCAGUUGAAGAAAACUACCGAACAGGACGUGAAUGGUCCUUAAGUCUCUCCCGCUAGACCGUUGUAGGAAGGAGACGGCUGGGAGGAAGGAGACGUUGACACACGCACAAGCCAGAAAAUUUAAGAGGAUUUCUUUGUUCCCUUUGCGUCUCCCCUUUCGCGGCAUCAGCAAGACUGUUUGCCUCUCCGUUGGAUGAGUAGCUUGCCGGAACGCCUACGUCCAGGCGGAGGAGAGCCGAGGAGCUGUGGCGGGGCUCUGGCAGAAGACGAGGGGUGUGGUGUUGGGGGUUUGGAGGGGCUGGAAGGACCCGAGCUCUGGAGUAGGGAGCUGGGGGUCCAGGAGGGGGCCCCGCAACUCUCCAAAGAUGGACCGGCGCCGGUGACCUUAGACCCCUUCCCUCCCCCCUCUCCCUCUGCCCAGGCCAACGGCCUCCACCUACACAGAAGACUGGGGCACGACACGCCGCGGCGGAGGAAGCCUAAGAGCUGCUCACAGCCUGAGACGCAGACACUCGCCGAGACGCUGAGAAACAUGCAGACACAUAUGGACAUGGAUGUCUGUGCACAGGCUGUUUCGCAGACGCACACGGACAACUGUGCACAUGCUGAGGUUGACGUUCACGUGGGUUCUGCCGGGCUGGAGCAUCCCAGACCCGUCGCGCUGGAGGGCACACACACAACACCACCUCAAACCCUGCCUCUCCCGCUUGUCAGUCGUCCCGCCUCCACCAAUCAGCCAGCGGCCCCGGUCCUCGCUUCAGAGACAGAUGUACCAACCUUCUGCCCAGUUCCCAUUGGUCCCAACGCCCCUCCAGGCCCCUCUCCUCUUCCUGUAGAGGCGGAGAGGAAGUAUGCACUCCGCAGCUCCGGUCGUCCCCGCUUCCCCUGUCACCUCCGCAAAUCCUCCCGCCUCCGCCGGAGCUCAGAGGAUGGCGAGAGAAGGCUAGGGAGAGAGAGAGGAGGAGAAGAGGAGGAUGAGGAUGAAGUGAUAGAUGAUAAGAUUUGGAGGGUCAAAGAGGAGGUGGCGGCAGUGGGGGAGAAAGAAGAGCAACCCACUGUGGAGGCUGUUCUCCCCAUAGCACCAUGCCCUACAGACAUCCCUCUUGCCCUCACUGUGCCCAAACCAGUUGCUAAAAGUUUUGCUAGACCUGGGCCAAAACUUGGACCUAAACCCGGGCCAAAACUUGGACCUAAACCCGGGCCAAAACUUGGACCUAAACCCGGGCCAAAACUUGGGCCUAAACCUGGACCCAAACUUGGACCUAAACCCGGGCCAAGAUCGUCAUCCAAAUCUGUACAGAGAGCUGGUGUUAAAACUAUACAUCACCAAUCCUCCAACCUCACCCCUCUUCACACCUCCUCUCAUCCCACCUUUCCUUGUAUACCGACCAGCUCCACACCUCAGCCAGCGGUGAAGAUGGAGGAUACUGCUAAUGUAGAGGUGUCCUCUCCCAUCAAAAGGAGGCGUGGACGUUUUGUCGGGGUGAGGAAAAUCGUGGUUAAGGUGGCUCGUAUUCCUGUCAACCUCAGCCGCCGACAAAAAAGCUACAAAAUCUCCAAUCUGGAGACGGUUACCGGGACGGAGAAAGGCGGCGAGGGGUGUCUGGAGGGCACAGAGGCAGUCCGGGAGCCGACGGCGCUUCUCCGCAUGAAGAACAACGGGAAGAGCGUCAUGGUGAUGUUUCCACCCGGAGAACUCCCGGUCAUCCUCAAACGCCGGCGUGGGCGCCCGCCCAAGCAGGCCCUGCCUGGUAUACUGGGGGAACCCGUGAGUACAGAGAACCCUGCCGGUAAUGGAGACCAGCCCAAGAAGCCGCGGAGGCGACGUCGGACUAAGCUCCCUUCCCCUUAUCCGUCCUACGUUAAUGAUACGAAUGAUGUGAAGUCUGAGUAUGGGGAUGUUCUUUCCAAACUGGCCUUUUUAAACCGGCAACCCAUUACCACUGGCCGCUGCUCACCUCCUCGCUGCUGGACACCAAGCGAGCCGGAGAGCUUCCACACACCUUUGGAAAACCCUGGAAUAUCCACUCUGCUGCACCGGCUCACCGGCUUUAGACGCAGAGGGGGCAGAGGAGGCGGCAUGGGGAGAGGGGGAGGGGCAGCAGGCAGUGUUGGGGGCGGUGUGUGCAACAAGAGCACAUUCAGUGACUUCUUUGAAUCCAUUGGCAAGAAGAGGAAACUCAACCCCCAGGCUGAGCCUGGUUUACCCCGGAAACGGGGCAAGGCUGCGAGUGGCAGCGGAGUUGGUAGAGGAGGGGGGGUAGUCGGAAAUGAGCUUGGGGGCGAGAAACCAGUCAGGAAGAGACGUCCGAGAAAGAAUGGGAUAUUUAAAGGUGAGGCGGGGUCAUCCAUGGGGCAGGACUGGGCCAAUGGAGCAGGUGGUUGGGGAGAGGAGGGAGGUGUGGCAAGGGAGAAAGGUAUAGGGAGUUACCAGGCAUGCGGGUCACCCAGGGGUGGCUUCACCUCCAGUGAGAUGGGAAGAGGAGGGUCAUACAGCAAUACAGCGGGGGGCAAAGGAGCUCGGCCAGGCGGGGAGGAUUCGCAGGGCCUGUUUGCCGGAUAUUUUCGCUCACUUCUCGACUCUGAUGAUUCUUCAGACCUGCUGGACAUCUCCUCCUCUCAGUCUGACCGCUGUAAAGCCCCAUCCACCCCUGGAUAUGAGCCCCCCAGUCCAGCAGCCGGCCCCAGCUGGUCCCCUGCUUUCCCCAAGCGGAGUCCUAAAGGCGCAGGAGCUGGGGUAGAGGGUCCAGCCCAGCCUCACUGCUCCUCAGCCAGGCCAUCCUACAGCUAUGGCAGCCUGGCCCAAACCUCCCCCACUACAUCUAACUAUCCCAAAUCCACUCCUCCAUCCCUCUCCCUCUCUCAUUCCCCCAGCUCCCCUCAUCCCUCCUCCUUUGGCCAGUACUCCUCCAGCUACUCUUCCUCCUCCCCCGCAGGGGUCGGUGCGGUGCCACAGAGAUCCUCAGACUGCAGUUUUUCCUACGGGUCAGGACACGGCAAGGCCAACCCCCUCAGCCAGGGUCAAAUGGGUUAUUCCAGCUUCCAGGCAGCAGUCAAGCGUGGCUACAGUGGAUAUCCCGGAACGGCCCACUCCUCUACGGUGCGGGGGGAGUCGGUAGGACCCACGUCACCAGGAGGGGGUUACAUGGCUAUGGCUAAAGGUAGCCCCUUCAGCUCCUCCUCCUCCCCAGAGGGUUACAGACAGUACAACUCUAACCAGUGGAGCUACAGACAAGGCUACGGGAGCUGGGCGGCAGACAGCUUUGGGCCUCAGUAUCAUGGCUUCAGUGAAUACGGCUCCAGUGAAUCCAAAGACAUUCUGGACAUCUCUAACUACACCCCACAGAAAGCGAAGCGACAGCCCUUCCCCGAGAGCUUGUCCGAAUCCUCCUCCGACUCUUCUCACCUGAGCUCUGCGGCCACCGGCAGCGGACACAGCCCGGCGGGCGGGCCUUAUAAAAAGAAAGAGCCUGCCCCUGUCGGCGGGGAAGGGGGCCAGUCGAGUCUGUCCAGCCUGGAGAAACUGAUGAUGGAUUGGCAUGAGAGCGCCGCGGGACCCUCCUAUAACUGGAGCCAGAACGUUCUCUUCCAGAGCGGGGUCGGCGGCAAGCAGGGCCGAGGACGCAGGAAGCGAACCGAACCGCAAUCGGAGAAAGAGGCGGGUGCAGCUCUGCGCUCUGAAUCCCCGUCCAGUCCCUCUCCUACUCCCACGCCGGGCCCCAAGCGGGGAGGAGUCGGAGGACGGCCGAGGGGGUCUAGAGGAGGCCGAGGAGGUUUGUCUCCAUGUCAGAGGGAACGGCCAUCAGGGAGCAAAGCCAGAGCCAAGGCUGCCUGUGUAGCAGGAGCAGGAGGAGCCGGGAGUGUUCCAGAAGGGUCCGGGUUGUUUCAGGAGGGGCUGGACUAUUACAGCGGGGAUAGCAGUAGCCUUUCCCCUUUAGCCACUCCUAACCCUCCACCUCCUGCAGGCUACCUCCAGGACCCCUGUGAGUAUCCCUCCCCCUACUCGGCCCACCCUUCCACCCCUUCCUCUGAGGAGCGUUAUCCGGCCAUCUACCCCGGGGAGUCCUCCUCCUCCCUCUCCCCCAGUGUAUCAUCUCCUCCUUACCCUCCCAAGCCCACUCCUCCUCCUCCUCAGACGUACCACGCAGUCUCCUCCAGGACCUUCUCUCCCUCCUGCUCUCCUUCGCCUCGGAUAACACCCCACUGCAGCACGGCACUGAGCCCGCCCCACCGCCCCCCUCCUAAAGACCCACAGUACUCGCAGUACGACUCCCCCAGCUACUGCAGCUCCCCCUACUGGUACGGACAGACAUCGCACAGUGGCAGCCCCAGCCCCCACUCGCAUACCACACAUGCGAACACAGCCACGCACACACACAGCAACCUGCAAAGCAACCCACACACAAGUCCUCAUGGCAACACGCAGAGUAAUCCCCUCGCUAGCCCGCACACCAACACGCAUGCCCAUGUGAACCCUAAUCCCCACAUGCACAACACGCACCAGCACAACACGCAGUCCCAUGCCAACCUGAGCCCACACGCCAACACCCACCCGCAGCUGCAUGCCGGAACACACCAUCACAGCAACCAGGCCUCCCUCCCGAGCCCCCACACCAACAACCAGCCACAUUCCCACCACAACGCGCACAGUAACCCCAACCCCCACCUCCACCCUCACUCCAUUCCCCUGCUGUACGAGGAGCGGCCCCCUCCCGCUGCCAUGACUGCCCACAAGAGGGACCUGACCACCCACCAAAUGAGCAUGGGCCACAUUCAGAGCCAACCGCCUCAGUCCUCUUACACCCCCUCCAAGCCCCCAUCGGACUCCUCUCCUCAACAGGAGGACAUGGGCAGCUACUCCCUGCCACACCACUCCUACCACGGGAUGGGCCACCGCUACCCGUCUCAGACGGCUCGGGGCGGUGGGGUACUGUGCCAGCUCCUUGACCCGGCCAGUGACGACAGCUUCAGUGUCACCAGCCUGUAGCUGCAGGAGACUGUCUUGGUGAGAGACUGUGAAGUGAAGGGUGAGAAUUUUGCUGCCAGCACUGGACAGUAAAGCUUUAAUUCUCCAGCAAUGACAAUCAAGAUCCAACUGCAACACAAACACACCUAAGCAUGCUGCCUUGCACCGGGCACACACACACACGCGCGCACACACACACAUGCACGCACACAGACACGCACAGAAAAACAUAAACACACGUGCAUGUGCGCUCCCGAACACAGUAUGUGUAUAUGCAUCACGUCUUUUACAUAUACAUGAGCUUACACUCACACCCACACACUCAGCUGGAAUGAGGCAAUGGCUAACGGAGCCAACAGAAGAACGACAGACACCUCACCUCCUCCGAGUCAUGCUGUGAUGCUUUGAGGACUCCA